AUGAUUUCUAUUGCUUCAAUCUUUUUCUGGAUCGGUGUAUUGACUGUCUGCCCCUACCUUGCUCUGGUUGCUUAUGGUGCUUACGGUUGUCCCGAACAAAAUUUGAGGCAAAAGUAUAAUGCCAAAUGGGCUUUGGUCACAGGCGGUUCAUCUGGUAUUGGUGCUGCUAUUGUUCGUAAAUUUGCUGGUCAAGGUUUGAACGUUGUCAUCGUUGCUCUCGAUGAUGCUGUGCUUGCCAACUUCAAGGAAACCAUUACAAAGGAGUUUCCCAAUGUUGAAUUCCGUUUUGUUGGUUGUGAUCUUUCUGAACCUACUGGCGAGACCUACUUGAACGCUGUCAAGCAAGCUACUGCUGAUAUUGAUGUGCAAAUUUUGUGUAACAAUGCUGGUUUUAUCACUACUGGUGGCUAUGCUGAUGUCGCCAUGAAGCGUGAAAUGGCCAACUUCCAUACAAAUGUCACUUCUGGUUUGAUUUUGACUCAUCAUUUUGCUGACGAGAUGUUGAAUAAGAGCCUCAGAGGCCUUAUCACCUUCACAUCAUCCAGUGCUGGUUUCAUUCCUAACCCUAUGUCUGCCUUGUACUCUUCUUCCAAGAUCUUCCUCACCACUUUUGCUGCCUCCAUUGCCGCUGAAUUAGCUGAGGCCAAGAUUGAUGUUCUUGUUAUCCAUCCUUCUCCUAUCGACUCCAACUUUUAUAGUAAUGCUGGUAAGAUGUCUGCUCUCACUUCUGCUCAGAAACUUUCAUCUCCUCCCUCUGUUAUUGCUGAUACCAUCUGUCGCAAUGCCGGUAAGAUUGUUGUCUCUGAUCAAGGACCUAUCACUGUUGUCAUGAAGAUCUUUAUGACAAAGGUGUUGGACUGGAAUGUGUUUACUGAGAUUAUGAAGCUCGGUCUUCGUCUCAAUGGUGAUUACAAGGCCAUGAAAGUUACUCGUCCUCUCAAGAGAGAAUAA